CUGGAAAGGCGCGCGAGGUUCGAAGGCGGCGCUGGGCGCGCGCGCGCGCCGGCCCCGGUCCGGGAUGGCGCAGGCCUUGAAUCGUUUAAAAAGAGACUACAGAGCAAGAUUCUGCCACGGAGGAGGAAAUAAGAUUGAUCUACAGCCAGGUCAAAACGUACUGAAACUCAUACAGGAUUGUUUUGAAAGUUGCAACAGUGAUCUUACAAUAAACUCUCCAAAUUGCUCAACCUUUGUUUUGAAAAAUGAGAAGACAACUUCAAUCCAGAGACAAAGGCCCAAGGCAGGGUCAGCCAGCUCUGUGAAAAGAGCCCGUGAGUCUGCAGAACCCUCACCUGCAUCACUGCUAAAACCAGUCAGCAGCAGAGGACUGUCAUAUGAAUCACACCUGAAGCCUGCAACACCUGAUUACGUAGCUACUUCUAAAAAGGCAGAGUCUUCUGUGUCUAAAAGUGAAAAAAAAAAUACUUUAAAAGAUGUUGAAGCACCGUGCCAGUGUCCGGCUGUGCCUUUGGACCCUGAGAAUAAUUGUGGGGCUGUUGGAUCACCUUUUCCUGUGGAGGAAGCAGAAACUUCUCCUGUAGUUAAAUUGCAUUCUGAUAACUGGAGUACACCAGCUGCAGCAAAGAACCAUGGAGAAGUGGAAAAUUUGGAAGGACCUCAGCCUGGGAGAGAUGAGCAGGUUGUUCCUGUGCAAGGAACAGAACGUGUUACUGCAUCAUCUGCCCGGACAGAGAAGACUUUCUCUUCAGCUGUUUUGGCAGCUGUAGCAACAAGAACUCUUGGACAGAGAUACUCAACCUCCAUAUCACCACCAUCACAUCCUCCUGUGAAAUAUCAAGAAAUAGAAAUAGAACAUGAGUGUGAAUUUUUAAUUGAUGAAUCAGGUGGUGCAUCUUUUACUUCUUGGAUUUCAAUACCGACUAAGAAAAAAAAAUCAAAAAAUGAUGGCUCUGCAGCUCCCAUUUCUAAACCUCAGCCCUCUGAAAAGGAGAAGACACAGAAUAAGAAAGUCAAGAACAGAAAAGUACAUGCUAAAGCACUUACUAAACAGAAACUGGAUCAUCUGGAUGUUGGAGAUUUUGACUUCAAAGAAAAGUCAGUGUCAGAUCCAAUACCUCAUAGUGAAGAAAAUGUUCUUACAUCUCAAAGCCGAAAGAGUACUUGUGUGGGAAAGACUAAAAGGGAUGCACUUAGACAAGACUCUCCAAACCAGAAAAAGAACACAUCCUGGAAACCAGAAGCUGAAGAACUGAUGUCGUCAAGGUCUGGAUUGGAAACAGAACCACCUGGUGAAAAGCAGAGUGAAACAAGUAUGCCAGGUGAGGAUUUGUCUAUGGCCUCAUCUGGGCAUCAGGAAGAGCAGACUGUGUCACUGAAAAAGUCUCUCAAGUCUUCCAAGAAUCUGCAGUUGGCUUCUAAAGCUUCUCAGCAUUUAGUUAAGAAGAAAGAAACUGCUAAGCAGAAACUUCCAAAAGUCAAAUUAAUUAAGACAGGGACCGUAACUCCAAGGAAAAAGCUUAAAAUAUCUGUCCAGAAAAGUAGUAAUAAAAAGCCUCGGUUACAAAGAGAGGAGAGUUCUGACAGUGGACGUGGUGAAGAAGAGCUUGAAAGAGAGCCCGUAGAACUGAAUGAAGUGUGCCCCACAUCUUUGCAUCAGAAAUUAGAGACUCCUGUGAUUCAGAAGUUAACUAAGCCUGAAAAGCCUAGAAAUGUGUUACACACGCCUGAGUCACCUGGUGAUGCCAGUAACAAAACUCCUCUAAAAGCACUCCAGCAUCCCAUGGAGAGUGUGAAGAAUCCUGGAAAGAAAUGGUCUGCCAAGUCUUCAGGGAAGAUACCCAAAAAGAUUCCACGUAGAACCAAUAAAGCUCUUCACUCGAGCCCUGAAGGCCCUGAGUCUCAAACAGAUUCUGACAGCUCUUCUGUACAGGACACGGCAAGGAGAAAACAGAAGUUACCAGAUGUGAAAAUCAAAAGUAACAAAAGAAAACGUAACAGACGGCAUGAACCACAGGAUUCCUUUGUAGCUGGGAAGGUUGUGAAUUGCGAAAGUGGGCCUGUUCUAGAAGAUGAACUUAUUUCCAGCACUAAGUCUCCUGAGCAGGAUGAUAUAACUUCAGAUAAUUCUGAAGACUCGAAUUACAAAUUAAGACAUCUGUUGUCAGAUGAAAUAGCAAAGCAUAAAAUAGUAAUGCCUUCCAACACACCUAAUGUUCGUCGGACAAAAAGGAUACGGCUGAGACCUCUGGAAUACUGGAGAGGCGAGCGCAUAAACUAUACUAUGAAGCCUUCAGGAGGGCUUGUGAUUAGUGGACUUGUGCAUCCAGAAACAGAAUCUCCCAGGAAGAGUAAAAGGAGGAAGGAUUGUCCCAAGCAGAAAACAGAUAAAACAGAUAGAGGAGAGAUACCUGCAAGUUUGGACCACAGCAUAGCUGGUGCAUCUAAGCCAAUCAUUGUACUGGACCCAGUAACAAAUAAUGAAGUGCAUCUAGAUUGUAUAAACACUGCAGACAGUCACACUUUCUUCUUCAAAGAUGAAGCAAUAGAAAUACACAAAACUUUGAAUACGUCUCUUUUUGCAACUGGUAGAUUGAUUCUGAAACCAUAUAAAGAAAAGGGGCAGCAGUUUGUCGACAUGGAUACACUAGCUUUCCAUAUUAUCCAUGGCAAACUUAUGGUGACGUUACAUAACACAUCGUAUUACAUGUCUGCAGGGGACUGCUUCUAUGUUCCAGCAGGAAAUGGAUAUAACAUACGUAAUCUUCUGAAUGAAGAAAGUGUUCUUCUCUUCACACAACUCAAAGACAGAAGUAAUUAUUGCCAGAGAAGAGAGGAGUGAGGAUAUGUGAGAGAAACAUCACUGCCCACACCCAGGUCAGUGCAGAAGGAGCCAGGAUGAGAUCCAGGCACUGGAGCUGAGAUUUCCCUGCAGCCUGUGACGGUAAUGGGUGAGUGAUCUCUCCCUGUCCUCAUCUCAACCCAGGAGCCUUUCCUUAUAUUUCCUCUCGCCUGUCCAGCUGAGUGAUGAGAGUGAUAGAGCAGCUUUGGAGGGCAGCUGGCAUCCAGCCAGGGUUAUCCCACAGUCCUGCAUUCAUGCUGCAUGAUACAUUUGUGGGUUUUGCUGGAAAAAAAAAGAGGAGGAACCUACAACACUGGUAUUGUUUUAACUGAAAAUAUUUUAAAUUUUCUUCUGAAGAACUUUUUAAGUUAGCAAAACUAAUCUCUGAUGAGAUGCUGAGGCUUUAAAUGAGGUGCAAGCCCCAGAUUUCCUUCAUCCCUCCUUGCUCAUUUCCAUUGGCCUGUGAUGCUAAUGAAGUACAAAACCUCUCCUAAUAUAUUUGACUUAGCAUGGACUAUAGAUUUCUGUAAGUGUUCCCUUUUUCGCCCCCCUCAUAUCUGGAAUUUGAAUUAUUACAGAAAUUACAGUGGAGAGGUCUCCUCAAGUAUUUACUGAAAUGUUGAUAAUAAUUUCCUUUUUUUUCAUGAAAUUCCACGUGAGCACUAUGCCACUGUGAUGUACUGUGUCUUUAUAUGCAAGUUGUCAGUUGUCUUCUUGAAGUAUCUGCCCAAAGUUCACUUUUGUCUCUUUUUUUUCUUCCUUCUCUUGGUACAGGCUGCAGGAUGAGGCAUUCACCUGCUGCUGUUUCAGCUCAGCUGUUCCAUUAAGUUUCAAUCUGCUCCUUCAUUUUUUGUCUUGCUGCCUAAACUAAUUUCCUGCCCUAUUUGGAUGCAAUUUCUAUACCAAAGGUUUCUUUGCUGUCUUUUUGCCACUUGCAAGGAUUGAAUAAUUUUUUAGCUCAGUUCCAAGUGUUUGAAUUAUUUCAGAGGUGUUCUUGUGCCUGUAGGUUCCUUUGCUACCUCUCCUGCAAGUUUUGUAUAGGGCCUGGCAUAGCUUCCAAUUUUCACCCUCAGAGAAGUGGUGCAAAGCUUUCUUUGGCCUCUGUUCUUUGAAGGACUUUCUUGUAGAUUUAAUCCCAAGAAGGCUGGCUUAGGAUGUCACUGGCAAGGUGUUUAUUAUUGUCAUCAUCUGCCAUUGUCCUGGCUGCAGAAGCAGAACUGAGACUGCUUCAUGCCUACUUGGUUGCCCUUGAACCUCGUCCAUCUGCUGAGGCUGGGUCUGCAGUGCUGGAAGAAUCCAUCCUAGCACCAUUUCCCAUGGCCAUACUUACCCUGGAGCGCCGUAGUAUUGUACUUUUUGCUCCUCUUAUAGCGCUAAUUCAGCAUGCUGGUGACUUCCUUUGCCUUGGCACAGUCUUGAUGUGUGUCUGCCAUCAGUUAGGCACCACGCCAUACCCUGAUUUUGUACUGGUAGGCUAGGCCAGGCAUUCACCUGCUCUUACAUCUUCAUUCCUCUUGCCAGUGGAAUGCCGCCUGGCACCAGCUGGUUUUGGCACAGAGGUGUGCCCAUUGCUGCGUGUGUGGAUAUGGAUCUCUCGUGCCCUCUUACACCCUCUUGCUGCUUGACUCUUCUGGCAAAUUCCAGGAGAAAGUUUCUGCAGUGUUUAAGGAGCCUAGACUAAAAGAGCUGUGUUGGGUGGCCCUCAGGAUCAGCUUCAUACAUUUCUCUUGGAGAUAGGGCUGAGACCUGGCCAAGCACAUGUGACAUACCCUUCCAUGUGGAACAGUUCUGUCCACAAAGUUCAGAUCCCAUCCUCUCUGUUUUGCCACUCUCAGUGCCAUGGGUGGGAGUGUGUAUUUGCAAAGCACAUCAGAGUACACACUUGGCAUCCUCAUUUUUCUUACUGUGUUUACUGCAGAGAGGUCAAGAGGUACAGAAGAGAUCAGGGAACACAAGCUUGUGUGAGGGGAAAGAGCUUAUCUGAAUCCAGGGCAGCCAGCUCUUGGUGGUCGUUAUUGAGCAGAAGUGUUGGAUCAAAUGACUUCCAGAGGUCCCUUCUGACCUCAGACAUCCUGUGAAGUUGUAAGCUGUGCUACAGAAGCUGCUCUUCUAUAAGUUUAGUUCAUGCUUUUGCUGGGAAGACCCUUAUUUCUGUACCCCUCAAGUGGAGAGCAGUCUUUUCCAUGUCACACCAGUAUUGCCACCAGAGUGUGGAUGUGUCUGAGCCCCAGCCACUGCCAAAGAGCGAACCACUGCCAUCCAUUUCUCCACACUAAAGGAAAAAACUCACACAUUAAGUAGAGUCACAAGGGUCAGCUUUAACCUCGCCUUUCUGGUCUUGGCUCUGAGGACUCCCUCUAGGGCAGACACAUACCUGGGUUUGAUGAGAAGCCUCCUGCUCAGUUUGGGCAAAUUAGCUAACACUUUUCUGCACAUACACCCCAAAACAUUUUACUGUAUUUAGAUAGUGGCUUAUUAUUUUCACCGGCAGGUCUUAACAGCAGUCUUUAUUCUGUUCAUGGGCUUUAAACCAGUUGAAAAAUCAGCAUCUUGCAUAGUCCAGGCUAUCAAGUGUCUGCUUUUGCCAUAUAACUCUAUGUGUGGAGUAGCAGUACUCAGCUGUCACUUAUGUGGGGAAUUGCAUCAGUUAUUAUCCUCUCAGCAAGCAUUUUAGUUCCUGGUUAUUUUCCCUACUGUCAGCAGCUUUUUGUGACCUUUGGAACUGCGGACCAGAGAUUGUGAACCAUUUGUGUAAACCCAAGUUAAAGGGAAUUCAAAUACAUCAAAUCUUGGGUUAAAGGCAAUUCAAAGAUCUUUGAAUUCCCUUUAACCCAAGUUAAAGGGAAUUCAAAGAUCUUUAUAAAAAUAACAAGAAACUCCCGUGCACAUUAACUACUGAGGCCUCUUGGUCCUUCACAAGUUAUAUUUUUUAUUUAAAAUAGCUUAGGAAAAUACCCGGAGAGCAAGUGUCAGUGUCACAACCAGGUGUGGCUUUGACAGCUCCAGGUUUUGCACAGAUGAACACAUUUGUCAGAGACCACUAUUAGUGAAAUUAAAUUAGGCUAAUGUGCUCUUUUGAGCAUAAUUGAAACGAUACUAAUGUUUUUAUUGAUUUGCCACUAGAGUAGGUGAAUGUUAUGAUGUCCUUGCUGCUGUGAGGACAAUUUGCAGUUGUUCGACUUUACUGUCUUGUAACUCCCCAAUAUUUUGGCACAGGUAGGCCUAUUUUUAACUGUGUUAAUUUGAACUAAUUGCUGGGUUUUUUUAUAAUUUAGAGCAAAAGCAAGAAAUGUGUUGUUGGACACCUCUUCCCCAUAACUUUACCUGCAAAUUGAAGAUCAUCUGAUGCAGAGGAGUUCUAAAGAACAUUGAACAUUUUCAUCGCACACCCCAGUUUUAGGGGCAUGUUGUUUCAUUGAUCUUAAAGAUCUUUCUUCAGUGUAAAUGGUAAAUACAUAGUUUGUUAUGAAUUAUCUUUUCUUUUGUAUCAAUAAAUAUUAAGUAAUGCAAAUCAGUUUUAAUUUCUUUGAUUUUAAAUAAUUUUGGAAUCACUUUUCUAGCAUUCCAUGUGGUUUUGAAAAUGCAGAUAAUUGCAUGAGUUUGACUUGUAAAUAUUUGUGAAUAAAUAUGUGAGUUAUCUUGA